UCCGGCUGUCAAAUUCGAAAGACACGUUCCGCAAUGGGUGACACUGCUGCUGAAGAUAUCCAAAAACUAAACAUUGACUCAAAGGCAGGGUUUUAAACAUUAUAUUUAGUUUGAGAAAGUAUAUUUGUGCGUUAUGUAAGUCAUGAUAAAGUUUAUUGGCAUCCGUGGAGGCUGUGUGGUCCGCUGCAAGGACUACGCAUAUGCCACAUGGUCAAAGGCUAAAGCCAUGAAGGAAAAGAAGAAGAAAACGGAAGAAGGUUCCGGAGGGGUUGCUGAGCUGAACCCUUGGCCGGAAUACAUCCAGAAACGUAUUACCUUGUGGGACAAGUUUAAAGCUCAGUAUGAUGAGCAGCUGGCUAGCAAGCCUGAUAUGAGCAUAGUAGUGACCUUACCUGAUGGGAAGACAGUUGAAGCUAAAGCCUGGAAAACUAGCCCUUAUGAUGUUGCUAAAGGAAUUAGCCAGGGUCUGGCAGACUCCACCAUCAUUGCUCGGGUGAACAAUGAGCUUUGGGACCUGGACCGGCCAUUGGAGAGUGACUGCAAGUUGGAACUGCUCCGCUGGGAUAACACUGAUGCUCAGGCUGUGUUCUGGCACUCUUCUGCGCAUAUGCUGGGAGAGGCUAUGGAGAGGGUUUAUGGAGGCUGCCUCUGCUACGGGCCUCCUAUUGAUGAAGGCUUUUAUUACGACAUGUAUUAUCCAGAAAAGGGGAUCUCAUCAACGGAUUUCCACGUACUAGAAGGUCUAGUAAAGAAAAUAGCAAAAGAAAAGCAGCCUUUCGAACGUCUAGAGCUGACUAAAGAACAGUUACUGGAAAUGUUUGACUACAACCCUUUCAAAGUGCGCAUUUUGAACGAGAAAGUUAACACUCCUACUACCACGGUGUAUAGAUGUGGGCCCCUCAUUGAUUUGUGUAGGGGGCCUCAUGUGAGGCAUACGGGGAAGGUUAAGGCCUUGAAAGUUACUAAGAACUCAGCUACCUACUGGGAGGGUAAGGCCGACGCUGAAAGCUUACAGCGUAUCUACGGCGUCUCGUUCCCUGAGCCCAAACAGCUGAAGGAGUGGGAGCAUAUACAGGAGGAGGCCGCGAAGAGGGACCAUAGGAAAAUUGGCAGGGAACAAGAGCUGUUCUUCUUCCACGAGCUGUCCCCCGGGUCGUGCUUCUUCCAGCCGCGCGGGGCACACAUAUACAAUACUCUCGUUAACUUCAUUAGAGAGCAGUACAGAAUCCGCGGCUUCCAAGAGGUGGUGACGCCGAACAUGUACAACUCGAAGCUGUGGCAGACGUCAGGCCACUGGGCGCACUACGCCGAGAACAUGUUCUCCUUCGACGUCGAGAAGGAGACCUUCGCGCUCAAGCCCAUGAACUGUCCCGGACAUUGUCUGCUAUUCGACAACCGCACCCGUUCCUGGCGCGAGCUGCCCCUCCGGCUGGCGGACUUCGGCGUGCUGCACCGCAACGAGCUGAGCGGCGCGCUCACCGGCCUGACCCGAGUGCGGCGCUUCCAGCAGGACGACGCGCAUAUCUUCUGCACGCCGCAGCAUAUCGAGCAGGAGAUGAUUGCCUGUCUAGAGUUCCUCGAUCAUGUGUACACAACGUUCGGCUUCACUUUCCAAUUGAAGCUAUCCACGAGGCCUGAGAAGUACCUGGGAGAUCUCGCUACAUGGGACCAGGCUGAAAAGGCUCUAGCAGACUCACUGAACAAAUUCGGUCGGCCCUGGCAAUUGAACCCGGGCGACGGUGCAUUCUACGGCCCCAAGAUAGACAUCACCAUACAGGACGCCUUGAGACGAUCACAUCAAUGUGCUACCAUACAACUAGACUUCCAACUGCCCGAGAGAUUCAACCUCACUUAUGUUAGUGAAAGUGGCGACAAGAAACGUCCAGUGAUCAUUCACCGCGCUAUCCUAGGCUCAGUGGAGCGUAUGAUCGCUAUUCUGAGCGAGUCGUACGCGGGCAAGUGGCCCUUCUGGCUCAGUCCCCGGCAAGUGUGUGUCGUGCCUGUCGGACCUUCGUUUGAUGACUAUGCUGUGCAUGUGAACCAGCAGCUGUUCGCAGCAGGCUUCAUGUCGGAGGUGGACACGGACGCGGGCGACACGCUCAACAAGAAAGUUAGGAAUGCACAGCUCGCGCAGUUCAACUAUAUCUUAGUUGUCGGCGACCGCGAGAAGACUUCAGGCACGGUUAACGUUCGCACCCGCGACAACAAAGUGCACGGCGAGAUGUCCAUACAGGGACUCAUAGACCAUCUCAACACGCUCGUCAAGAACAAGACCUUGGCUGAAGACAGUGAACUGAUGAAGUAGAGGAAAAAUUGGGGUUUUGAAUCGUUCGUGAAGGUGGGAAUUACUGUUUAGUGUGAAAGUUUAGUAUUGAUUGAAGGUAUAAAGAUCGGGAAUAAUUGGUUGAAAUUCGGCAUUCUUAUGAUAGAAAGUUACAAAAUAAAUCUUCCCAAACCACCUUUCAGAGAAUGCCAUUGUUAUGAAAUAAUAGUAUUCAUACAGAAUAACACUCAAUGUUUAUAUGUUUUUGUGUGUUGGACUAGCAGGUAAAUUAUAAAAAUAUCGUAAAAAUUAAUAUAUAAAAGCAUUUAUUUAUUUAUUUAACGAAAAUAAUUAUAUUUCUAUAAAAGAUCUGCUGCUAAAAAGUCUAAUGAAAUAAGAAAUUCAUGCUUCAGAGUAUAUUUAAAUUUCAUCACGAACGAUUCAAAAACCAACCUUAAGUUUAGAACAAAAAGGGUUAGAUUGAAAUAAAAGUAUUGUUCCAACUUUGUGCAAACUGUCGGAAGUUUUCAAUUAUUUAUUUAGAACUCUAGAUACUUACGGAUCUAGUUAAAACUAGUUUAAAUAGUAUGUAAGUCACCGAAUUUCAGUUUUAUUGGCAUUUGACUCCCACUGCUGGGCAAAGAAUUCCAUGAACCUCGCAUUUUAUAUGACUAGGUUAUUUUCGAUUUUUUUUAGUAAGUAAAAAAAAUAGUGAUGAUUUUGUGUUUUUAGCAAUAAAAUUGAUAUUAAAUUUUUUGUGGUAUGAGUACUUUACCCAGCGUUGGGCUAGAUUAGGUAAGGUAUGGUUUAAUACUGAAGAAGUUAAUUUCUAGCUUUCUUAAGCGGUCCAGCGGUCCAGUUAUAGCAAAUUUUGCUGUAUUUCCAGUGAGAAGAAAAUCUUUACCUUUCCGUCUUUCGUAGUAAUUUAUUUUGAGUAGUAAAGUUAAGCUUGUCAACUUCUAAAGUUUAUAAUUAUGUUAAGGCAUACCGAAACUAGUUACUAAAGUAUAGGUACUAAAAUGACGUUAACUUUUACUUAUUUGUGCUUUUUGUAAGCUGAAAUAUUUUCACGAAAUUAAAAGCAAUGUAAUAUUGAUAUUUUACCUCUUUGUUUGUAUCCUCUUUGAUUAAAUUUGAAAAAGGCCUAAACGUGUAUCUAAGAUAAGUCAAUGAAAAAAUAUCAGCAAGUUUUCAAGAAUAUUUUAAUUUAUGUGCAUUUUUCAACAUAUUAGUAUUUCGGUGUGCUACUUGCUUUAUGUACGGUUUUGGUUUAUGAAUGAUGAGCAUUUAAAAUGUUUUGAACCUAGCUAGUACAAUUAAAUUAACCUUUAACGGC